AUGGACGUUGACUCUGAACUAGUGACCACCGAAGAACUGGCCCGGUUGAUCGUGGACGCCUCGGUCGUUGCGGAGGACUCGGAAGCAACGGCUGUCUCCAGAGCAAUAGUGCGUGGCGGCACGCUCGUCGCUGUCCAGGCGCUGGUGGUGCUAGAGUCAGGUGUCGGGAUGGCUGUUGGCUUUUGUGGUGACUUAGAGUCUGUCGGUAUAGAUGGUGAAGGACCUGUAGGCGACACACUACCUUCCACGGGCACAGUAAAGGGUUUCCCAGUCGAGGAAGCCGCGGAAACUAUCUCGAUCGGCGUCGAUGGUACUGUUGUCGCAGCAGCUGUGAAACUCUCCGACGAUGGUAAUGACAGCAUCGAAGAAGUCACAGAUGUCCCACCCUCGGCUGUCACAGAGGUCUCGGCCCAGCAUUCUGGCGACUCGGCCCAGGUCCCGCAGCCUGUUAUGGUGGUAACGGAUGGAGGUGCCUCUGUGAUGCCGAUAGAAGUCGGCGGAAUAACCAGGCGAGCUGCCAACAAACGUGAAAGUGGUCCCUGGAACCUCAUCCUCGGUAGAGUGGAUCUGGCACAUAUGCUGGCUGAUGAGUUGUAUACGCCACCGACACCGCUGCCUGAGAGCCUUUUGUAG